AAUGUAAACUUUAAAAAGUGGGCCAAAUUGUUCGAAGCCGUGCCAGUUAAGGCCCAUAAGGCAAACCAAACCGAGCAUUCGGCCGCCGAGCUGAAGUCUCAGAGUCACAGUCCAGCUGGACAGGCUCCUAUAAAGCCGCGAGUGACAUCGGGGCGCGGCUUGCAGUGUCAUUUUCCAGAUCAAAGGAGGGUUUUAAAAGCGGUCAGCGAGACUAGGGUUUUAGAGGAAGCAUACAACUCUCUGUGACACUUUCUCAAGCUCAAAGUCUUUACCUGAAACCGAGCAAUGGGCUUUUGGGGAAUUGAAGUGAAACCGGGUAAACCGUACCCUUAUCACUCGGAUAAUGUGCGAGGAAGGCUUCACAUUACUCAGGCAACUUUAGGUCUUGGCGAAUCAAAGGAGAGGAGCAUAGUUCAGUGUUCCCUUGGACAUAAAAAUCCAAUCUUUCUAUGUUCUUUAUUACCGAAUAAAAAUGAAUCAUGCCCCUUGAAUCUGGAAUUUGAGGAUGAUGAUUUGGUAGCCUUCUCGGUUAUUGGCCCACGAAGCGUCCAUCUCUCUGGUUUCUUUGUGGCUGAUGAGGGAGAUGUCAUUAGAGAUGACUAUGAAUCUGACUCUUUUGGAGAGGAUAUUGCUCAUACAGAGUCAGACUCAUCUGAAUAUGAUACUGAUGAUGAAUAUGGCAAUGAAUUUACUGAUGAUGAUGAUGAUGAUGAUGAUCUGGAAAUGUACCCUCCUUCACCUGUUCCAAAUAGUGGAGUUGUAAUUGAGGAGAUAGUGGACGAUGAGAAGCCUACAAAUGUAAAUGGUCAAUUUAAACAGCUAAAGAAGAAAAAUCAACCCGGUAGCUUUGAGGACAACACAAACUCUCAACAUCAAAUUGUUGUUAGAGGCAAUGCUAGUGUUCCUGUUUUGGAAAGUGAAGAUGAUGAUGGUUUUCGAAUUUCUGUGGAACAUAAAAGACAAUCAAGUCUUCAGAAGCCUGAAGCUGAAGCAGAAGAAGAAGAAAAUAAAACAGCUGAGAAAACCAAGAAAAAGAAGGCACCAAAUGCUGAUGCUACUACUAAUUUAAAAAGGAAGUCUGAUAGUAUUGAACAAGAUGAUCACCCAGAAAGGCCAAAGAAGGAAAAGAAUAAGAAGAAGAAGAAACAGCUUAAAGAACAGGCUGAAGAGGAAAAUGCUGAUAAAAAGUCUGAUAUUAAGACAUGCAACGUGAAAGAAAUUUCAUCAAAGAUUGAUGAGCAUGAUCAAAAGCAAUCUAAUGAUAAGAGCCUUGACAUUGAAACGGAACCUGUUCCUGGUGUAAAUCACUUAGAGGAGAAAAAGAAGAAGAAAAAGAAGAACAAGAAGAAGACCCAGGAGAAUGAAGUGGGAGCUGACAAGGAUCAAACAGUUAAAGCUGGGGAAGAUCAGAACAGAUGUACUUCAGAGUUAGACCGGAACCAAACUGGAUCCAAGUCAUCUAAAGUCAGAACCUUUCCAAAUGGAUUAGUUAUGGAGGAGUUAGCAAUGGGCAAACCAGAUGGCAAAAAAGCUACUUCAGGAAAGAUGGUCAGCGUCCGCUAUACCGGCAAGCUGCAGAAGAAUGGGAAAAUAUUUGACUCAAAUGUGGGAAGGGCACCUUUUAAAUUCCGCCUAGGUGUAGGACAAGUUAUUGCAGGAUGGGAUGUUGGUGUCUGUGGCAUGCGUGUGGGGGACAAAAGAAGACUUACUAUUCCACCAUCUAUGGGUUAUGGAGCUAAGGGUGCUGGUGGGACAAUACCUCCAAAUGCUUGGCUUUCAUUUGAUGUAGAGUUGGUUGAUGUUCGUUGAUUAUCCUGGUUUUCGACAAGUUUUGGCCAGUGUGAGAUGGAUCUGCAAAAAAAUUAGACCUUUUUGUUAUAUAGAAAUGAAAGUUUGCUUUUCUGACUCAAUGUCGAGACUAAGUACAGGUCCAGUCGAUAACAAAAUUUUGGGAAAAUUGUGGAAAUUAGCUUUUUCAAUCAAUUAAAUGAAUUACAGAAUUGUGGUUUAGUUAAUCAA